CUGUAGAUACUUAAUAUAACAUUGUGCGUACGAUAACGUGAUUUUUUCGAGUGGGCCUUAUUUGAGGUAUCAUGCAUUCUCGAGCGUAUUUGCUGCUGCAGAGGGACAUGGAGCGGCUUCAGACGGAGCCUGUGUGGGGCAUCUCUGCGUCUCCUGUGUCCGACCUCAAUGUGUUUGAGUGGAGAGCAAGACUAUGUGGACCCAAGGGAACAGACUGGGAAGAUGGUAUCUUCCAGCUACAAAUGCGAUUCUCUUCCGAAUACAACACGAAGCCUCCUGACGUUGUAUUCAUGACGAUACCAUUCCACCCCAACAUUGAUAUGAAGACGGGAAAGCCGUGCAUGGAUCUACUGGACGAGCCGUCUUGCUGGAGUGAGAAUGUGCAAGGUGUACAGUACAUUCUUCUCAGUAUACAGGCAUUGCUGGCCGAGCCAGUUCUUGAGAAUGCAGUCAAUAUUCAUGCCGCUCAUUGUUUUGUGUCGUCGCCUCGAAUGUAUAGACAAAUGGUGUUGGACUGUGUAGCGGCUAGUAGGAGAGUGGCAGCUGGCCUUCCUGCUCACGAAGAAGAGGAAGAGGAGAGACGAAGAGCAGCAGAGCAAGACGAACUAAAAAAGAAGGAAAAGCAAGCAGAAGACUCAAUACCAAGACAAACAACAAAGCGAGUCACAAAGGUGUCAUUUGAUGAUUACCAUCAGCUGUGGAGAGGCCUGGCUACUACCCAACCAACAGUUACAACUACCAGCCCAUUAAUGCAACUACUUCACAAAGACGCGGCUUUCAGAAACAUCCACCUCGGCCCGUCUCUCCAGUCAUUCAACGACGACAUCAACGACAAACUCCAACGUUUCCAAGAUCUCAAAUACGGACGAGUCGCCGUCUCAAACAAGAAGCCACACGCAAGCAAAACACAAACAAACAAAUCACAACAAACUCAAGCCCAAAAUCCACAGACACUCAGAGAGCAGAGAAUUCAGAUGAUGCGACAGCUGUACAUGAGUGGAGGAGACGACAACCCUCAAGUAAAGUCAAAACAGCGGGAACCUGGAAUGUCACACUCACAUUCUCAAACGCCGAAAGAAACCCCGAUUUCUCAAACUGGCAGGAAGUCAGGUAACUCAAUCGGCAUACGCGUUCCAUCCCUACCACACGAACGACUCAUUGAAGACGGCGAUUUAGACACCGAAGUCGACGACCUACUGACAUGGACAGACAAGCUGACAGACACGGCACUGAUCACGUGACACAUUGAAUAUCAUCUAUUGUUAAAUAGAUACAUCAGAGCUCCAAAUAAUUGAUCUAUAACUGUGUGUAGCACAUAUUUCUUUCUCACUGAAUACAUAAAUACGAUAGA